AUGAUUGCGUGUCUGAAGGAGGCAAGUUGUGGUCCUGGCAAUUCGCCCCUCAACAACGGCCGUCGUCGCUCUCAAUCCCAGCCCGACGCGCCGACAAAACCACCCCAUCGCUGGGGCCCGCGGUUCCGCUUUCACCGACCAUGGGACUCUCCCCAAGCCGCCAAGGACUCGUCCGGCGCGUCGACGACGGGGUCUCGAGAUCCACGGGAGCGGCGACGGCGGGCGCGGGACUCGCAGGACAUUGGCGGAUCCUCGGACGUGACCAGCUCAUUUGGGCACAGCCCAUUAGGGGGCGGAGGUGCAAGCCCAAUGCUGGCAAUGGCGGCGAUGAUACUGGCGACGGAGGAGCUUGAUAGACUAAGUCGCAUGGCAAGACGGACAGACGCGGACACCAAAGAGAGUGAUGACGCCGCCUGA